AUGGCUUGGACACAACGGCCUGUCUGGUUGGUGUUUGGCCUCCUCUUCCUCGCAGGACUGCAGGGGGACCAGGGGGGGCAUGGCCACGGACGCAGCAAGAGGGACCUCAGCAACGACCAGCCACGGAUGCUAUCAGACAACGGCCACCUGCUCUUCUCCACGGGAGACAACAAAGAGAUCCGCUUUCAGACCUCCGGAUCAGGCUCUGUUAAAGUGGGGAACGAAGACCUCACACAACUCAUGAGUCAGAUCAAGACUAACAAAGCUGACAUUGACAGUAUAAAAGCCAACGGCGGGGGAACGUCACCUGAUGUCACCAACAAACUCCAGCAGCUUGACACACGGACGGUUCAGAGGAGGACGUGCACCAGUAACCCCUGUCAGAACGGAGGCACCUGCCUGGACCUCCUGGACUCCUUUCGCUGCAUGUGCCCCAGCAACUGGGGGGGCCCUAACUGUGCUGCGGAUGUGAAUGAGUGUCAGAUUCUGGCGGGGUCGGCCCAGGGGUGCCAGAACGGGGCGACGUGUGUCAACACGCCAGGAUCCUUUACGUGCACUUGUUCUCCAGAAUGGUCGGGGUCUCAGUGCACAGUUCGCUACGACGACUGCAGGGGCGGAGCCCAGGAUCUGUGCGUGCACGGGAUGUGUAUCGACACGGACAGGGUCGUUCCCAACCAGCCCAUGUACAAGUGUAUCUGUGAGACGGGAUGGGGGUCUCUGCCCGGUAGCCCAGCAUGCACGGCAGACGUGGAUGAGUGUAGCCUUCCGACCAAGCCCUGCUCCGGCAACCCUGCCGUGGACUGCUUCAACACUCCAGGCUCCUUCUACUGUGGCUCUUGCCCUGCAGGUUGGCACGGCAACGGGUACAGCUGCCAGGACGUGAACGAGUGCUCCACCAAUAACGGCGGCUGCUCCACCUCCCCCAUGGUGCCAUGCCUCAACACCAUGGGCUCCUUCCACUGUGGAACCUGUCCUCCAGGAUAUGAGGGCGAUGGAAGGUCUUGCACUCAGGUGAACAUCUGUACCAGCAACAAUGGAGGGUGCUAUCCCAUGGCUUCCUGCACCUCCACUCCAGGCUCCAGUCUCCCAGUGUGCACCUGUCCUCCAGGGUACGUGGGCAGCGGCUAUGGCCCCACAGGCUGCACCCAGACCAGCGGCGUCUGCCAGACCAACAACCCCUGUAUCAACGGCCAGUGUCCCACCACCAGCAGCCAGGGGUACAUAUGCACCUGCAACCCAGGCUGGGGCGGGGUGAACUGCGACCAGAACGUCAACGAGUGCGCCAGCAGCCCCUGUCAGAACGGAGGCACCUGCACCGACGGCCUCAACGGCUUCACCUGCACCUGCAACGACCAGUGGACGGGCCCGCUCUGCCAGACCCCCCAGCAAGCGUGCGGUGGCAACCUGUAUGGUCCAGCCGGAACCUUCAGCUACCCCAACACCCCUGGCGGUGACCAGUACGACCACGCGGUCAGCUGUGCCUGGGUGAUCAGAGCAGAUGCCAGCAAGAUUCUGCGCAUCACGUUCCCUCACUUCGACCUGGAGAACAGCGUCAACUGUAACUUUGACUUCCUGCAGAUCCACGAUGGCGACAGCGCCUCCUCCUACAUGCUGGGGAAAUACUGCGGCACCAACGCUCCCGCCGAACUCCACAGCUCCCACAAUGCACUGUACUUCUGGUUCCGCUCGGACCACUCGGUUAGCGCCGGGGGCUUCACCGUGGCCUGGGAGUCCCAGGACCCAGUGUGUGGUGGCCAGCUAACCGCUCCCCAUGGAAACAUCAACUCACCCGGUUACCCUGGCAACUACCCCCCGGGUCGGGACUGUUACUGGAUGCUGGACGUAGGCCCUGGCCUGCUCAUCACCUUUGCUUUCGGAACACUCAGCCUGGAAAAUCACCCCGACUGUGAAUAUGACUACCUGGAGAUCCGGGAUGGUCUCCUCCCAGAGGACCCGGUUCUGGGGAAGUACUGCAGUUCCUCAUCCCCCGCUCCAGUCCGGACCACAGGCCCUGCAGCCUGGGUCCACUUCCACUCUGACUUCAUCACCAACGACAGAGGCUUCCACAUCACCUACAUAACCUCCCCGUCCGACCCCGGGUGUGGAGGGACUUUCACGGAGAGCGAAGGCAUCCUCAUCUCUCCGAACUGGCCCAACAGCUACGCCCACAACCGCCAGUGCAUCUACAUCAUCCGACUUCCUGUCGGAGAAGUGGUGUCGCUCAACUUCACUCACAUGGACCUGGAGACGCACAGCGGAUGCCUGUUUGACUAUGUGGAGGUGCGUGACGGUGCCAGCGAGACAGCUCCCCUGAUAGGGAAGUACUGCGGCACCACCCUGCCUGCGCCCAUCUCCACCACCUCCAAUUUCCUCUGGCUGCGCUUCAAAUCAGACAACUCUGUCAGCAAGUCUGGCUUCAGGGCCCUCUACGAAGUCGGUUGUGGAGGCACUUUCUCGGGGACGGGUCAGAUACGAUCGCCCUUCCACCCCGUCGCCUACCCCCACAACAAGGAGUGCGAGUGGGUCAUCAACCAGCCAAUAGGAUACAUCGUCACUCUCAACUUCCUGUCCUUCGACAUCGAGGGUGGAACGUGUAGAUACGACUUUGUUGAAGUCAGAGAUGGUUCCACGGUCAGCUCUCCACUGAUUGGAAAAUACUGUGGCGGCACAGCACCCCCCAUGAUCCGGUCCACCCAGAGGUCCCUGUACAUCCGCUUCAAGACCGACGCCUCUGUCAGCAACAUGGGCUUCACAGCCGCCUACGACAGGGUCAUGGAUGGUUGUGGGGGCACUCUCAUCAGUUCAUCCGGUUCCCUCAAAAGUCCCGGCCACCCCAACGGUUACCCGCACGGCGCCAACUGCACCUGGUUCAUUUCCGUUGUCCCCGGCAACAUCGUCCGCCUCAUGUUCACCUCCUUCAACAUGGAGUACCACGUCAACUGUGACUUUGACUACGUGGAGGUGUACGACAACGGAACCGUGCAGACGGGCACCAAGAUCGGCAGGUACUGUGGGCGAUCUGUCCCUCCCUCCCUAACCAGCACAGACAACCUGUUGACGGUGCUGUUUGUGUCAGACACCAGCCUGGCCAUAGAGGGUUUCGCCGCAAACUACAUUUCCAUCAACGCCACCACUGACUGCAGCGAGGUGUUCACGGCUCCCACUGGAGAGUUCAGCUCCCCCAACUACCCCAACAACUACCCCCUGAACCGAGAGUGCAUCUUCACCAUCGUCGUGGAGCUCAACAUGCAGAUCAUGCUGAACUUCACUGACUUUGAGCUGGAGGGUAUCAUACCCAGCUGUAGCUUUGACUACGUGGAGAUCAGAGAUGGAGGUUACGAGACGUCACCCUUGAUUGGAAAGUUCUGCUCCACUCAGGGACCGCCGGUCCUGGUGUCUCAUAGCAACCGCCUGUGGAUCAAGUUCCGUUCCGACAACGCCGUCAAUAAAAGGGGCUUCACAGCCCACUGGGAUGGCACGCAGACAGGCUGCGGAGGGAACCUGUUCACCAGCACCGGAGCGUUCUCCUCUCCAGGCUACCCCCUCCCCUACCACCCCAACUCGGAAUGCUACUGGAGGAUCAGGUCCAGCCAGGGCAGCCAGCUCCAGCUCACCUUCGGAGACUUCCACCUGGAGGCCGGCAGCUGUAGCUUUGACUACCUGGCUGUAUAUGACGGGAACAGCACCAAUGCUCCUGAGCUGGCUAAGCUUUGUGGAAAUCUGAUCCCUGCUCCCAUCAACGCCUCCAAUAACGAGCUCUAUGUUAAACUACGGACGGACAGUAGUGUCAGUGCAGGGGGCUUUGUGGCUUCCUAUAGGACCAACUGUGAGGGUGUAGUCAUUGGCAACAAGAGCAGAGGGGUCCUAGAGUCCCUGAACUACCCCAACAACUAUCCCUUCAACUCCCUGUGCAGCUGGACCAUCCAAGCCACCAUGGGCAACACCAUCAACUACACCUUCAUGACCUUUGACCUGGAGAAAACUAGUGCCUCCUGUGCUUACGACUAUUUAAAGCUCUACAAUGGGCCAAACGCACAGGCUCCUCUGAUUGGAACGUUCUGUGGGAACACGCCCCCUCCGGCCAACGCCACCUCUGGCUCCUCCCUCCACGUGGUGUUCCGCUCUGAUUCGUCCAUCUCACUGUCAGGGUUCCAGAUGCUCUGGUAUCAGAAUGGCUGUGGUGGGGACUUGCUUGGUCCGAGCGGUACCUUCCAUAGUCCAGAGUACCCUGACAGGUACCCGAUGAACCGCGAGUGUAUCUGGUACAUCAGCACAACCCCUGGCAGCAGCGUCACCCUCACCAUCUACGAGUUUGACGUGGAGUAUCACCCCAACUGCAACUACGACGUCCUGGAGGUGUAUGGAGGUGCCGACAUGAGCGCCCCGCGCCUGGCCCAGCUUUGCACCACCACCUCCACCCCCCUGCAGGUGUCCAGCACAGGGAACAUGAUCGUCGUGCGCUUCAAGUCAGACGAUUACGUCAGCGGCCGAGGGUUCAACGCCAGCUGGGCCGAGCUCCAGGGAGGCUGUGGUGGGCCAGUGACCGCCCCCUACGGUGAGAUCCACUCUCCCUCCUACCCCAACAACUACCCCAACAACGUGGACUGCUCCUGGAUGAUCACCGUGGACGAGGGCCACCGCGUCCUCUUCAACUUCUCCGAUCUGGACAUCGAGCUCCACUCCAACUGUCUGUGGGACUACGUGGCGAUCCACGACGGUCCGAGCGGCUCGUUUCCGUUGCUGGCUCGCGUGUGUGGUCAGGUCCAUCCGCCGGCCGUCAUCUCCACUCAGAACAUCAUCUUCGUGCGCUUCCGUUCUGACAACAGCCGGAGUCACCGUGGCUUCAGCGCCCAGUUCUCCGAGGCUUGUGGAGCCACCAUCUUGACUGACGAUAUGGGUGGGGCCAUCGCCUCUCCUCGGUACCCUGCUGCCUACCCAGCCAAUCAGAACUGCAGCUGGAUCAUCACAGCCCAGGAGCCAUUCAACCAUGUGACCUUGUCCUUUACUGACUUUGAACUGGAGAUGAACAACGGGAACUGUUCCCAUGAUGUACUGGAGAUCCUGGAUGGAGAUAACUACCAAGCCCCAACCAUCGGUCGUUAUUGUGGAACUGAGGUUCCACACCCUCUAACGUCGUUUAGCAACGCCCUGGUUGUCAAGUUCAUCUCAGACUCGUCUGUCGGACGGAAAGGCUUCAGGGCCACUUACUCGGCCUCCACCUCAAGCUGUGGAGGAGACUUAUACAUGGAGACAGGGGCCUUCAACAGUCCUAACUACCCUGACACCUAUCCUCCCAACGUCGAGUGUGUCUGGACCAUCACCAGUUCUCCAGGCAACCUCCUACAGCUCUCCUUCAUUGCGUUCCAGCUGCAGCAGAGUUCGAGCUGUAACAACGACUUCCUGGAGAUCCGCGAGGGCAACUCUACGGGCGCUCUGGUUGGCCGGUUCUGCGGGGACUCCCUCCCUUCCAACUACACGUCUCUCAUCGGCCACAUCCUCUGGGUCAAGUUCCGCUCUGAUGCCUCCGUCAGUGGAUCUGGCUUCAGACUGACCUUUUCCCAUUUGUAUGGUAAUGACAUCACUGGAGAGUCCGGGCAGCUGGCGUCGCCCCUGUACCCUCGCACGUACCCCAGCAACGCAGACUACCGCUGGACCAUCACCGUGGACGGAGACAGCUACGUCCAGAUACGCUUCCUGGACAUCGACAUCGAGGACCUGUACGACUGCUACUACGACAAUCUCAAGAUCUUCGAUGGCCCCAACGUGCACGCUUACUCCCUGGGCACGUUCUGUGGCAUGCGAACGCCCCCCUCCGUCACCAGCUCCGGGAGCACCGUCACCCUGGAGUUCCAGUCCGACAACGUCAUCGGUGGGAGGGGCUUCCUCAUCGAGUGGACGGCCAUCCAGAACUCUGGACCCCUGCCCACCAUAGCACCAGGUGCUUGUGGUGGGGCUCUGAUGCCUGGUGACACCCCCAGGUUCAUGUUCUCUCCUGACUGGCCAGAGGUGUACCCUCUCAACCUGGAGUGCACCUGGGUGAUCCGCUCUCCUGACUCCACCGUGGAGUUUAACCUUCUGUAUCUGGACAUGGAGGACUACCCCAACUGUUACUUCGACAGCCUGGUCAUCAGAGAUGGUGAGACCAACCUGUCUCCCCUGCUGGCCACCGUGUGUGGUCGUCAGCUACCUGGUCCCAUCCACUCCAGUGGAGACUCCAUGUUCCUGCGCUUCACCUCCGACAGCAGCCUCAGCGGGCGGGGCUUCAACGCGUCCUACUCCAAGGGCUGCGGGGGUCUCCUGCAUGCGGACAGGGGGGUUCUCUCCACCCCUCGCUACCCCCAGAACUACCAGCCGGAUCUGGACUGUAGCUGGCACGUCAUGGUCACACCUGGGUUCCGCGUGUCCGUCAACUUCGAGACUCAGUUCCAGAUCCAAGGCUUCGGGAGACUCUGUAGCACUGGAGACUAUGUCGAGCUGAGGAACGGUCCAGACGUCUCGGCCCCCUCCAUCGGGGGUCGUUUGUGCGGGGCGACCCCCCCCUCCGUUAUCCAGACGACAGACAACGACCUGCACGUCCGCUUCGUGUCAGACCACACCAACGAGGCCGUCGGCUUCAAGCUGACCUUCGAGGCCCACAGCUUGGCCUGUGGAGGGGUGAUAAAACUAAGGGACACAGACCCACCAGGCUACAUCACGUCCCCCAACUACCCCCAGAACUACCCCCAGAACAUCGACUGUGUCUGGGUGAUCACCGUGCCCAACGGAGAGUCAGUCCAGAUCGACUUCCAGGACGACUUCUACAUCGAGCCGACCACCACGUGCACGUACGACUACCUGGAGCUGAGAGACGGCGCCACGUUGGACGCUGACCCCAUCGCCAAGCUGUGCGGCAACACCCGCCCCUCCACCCAGCACUCCACCGCCUCCUCCAUGCUGCUGCGCUUCCGCACGGACACCAGCAUCGUGCACAAGGGCUUCAAGGCCAAGUACUCCAUCGCCACCUGUGGGGGAACCUACAUCGCUGAGAGCGGCGCCAUCAAGAGUCCAGGCUACCCCACCGCCCACUACCCCGACAGCUCCACCUGUGAGUGGUACCUGGAGGGGCCCACGGGCCACUACCUCACCCUCAUCUACGACGCCCUGACCCUGCAGGAUUCCCCAGACUGCACCUCAGACUACGUGGAGAUCAGAGAGUACAACGCUUCAGGGAGAUUUCUGGGUAGACACUGUGGUAGCAGCAUGCCUGCUCCCGUAGACACCAGUGACAGCUUCGCCUACGUCAAGUUCGUAAGCGACGGCAGUACGAACGCACCAGGGUUCAGCCUCUCGUUCCAUGCCAGUGUGGAAGUGUGUGGAGGGGUGCUAAACGCCCCCACGGGGACCAUCUCGUCUCCCAACUACCCCAACCUGUACCCCCACAGUCGCCUGUGCCACUGGGAGAUCCGCGUGGCCCAGGGGCGCAGGGUCACCCUCACCAUCAACGACCUGCGUCUGGAAGAGGGCAGCUCCUCCUGCGGCUACGACUACGUCGAUGUCUUCAACGGGCUGGCAGCUGACGCUCCUCGCCUGCAGCGCUACUGUGGCACGGUGCCCGCCGGCACGCAGGUGUGGUCGUCUGGCAACACCAUGUCCGUGGUGUUCCGUACCGACUCGUCCGUCUCCCACGGGGGCUUCACAGCGGACUACUCCUCCGACGAGGACGCAGUGUGUGGUGGGAUCCUGAAUGAUCCUGCUGGAGGGAACUUCACCUCUCCUGGCUACCUCACCUCCAACUACAGCAGCAACCUCAACUGUGAGUGGUUGAUCCAGAACCCCAUCCAGGUCAACUCCUCCAUCGUGGUUCUGCUAGAGGACCUUCACCUGGAGAAUCACCCGAACUGUCAGACCGACUACCUCGAGUUCCGCCUGGGUGGUUCCGAUGGGGAGCUGCUGGCCAAGUUCUGCGGCAACACCCUGCCCCCUGUUCCCCUGGUAGUUUCCACCUCCGAACUCUGGGUCCACUUCCAGACAAACAACGCUGUGGGAGAUUUAGGCUUCAUGGCCAUGUAUCAGUUCUCUGGCUGUGGUGGCUGGCAGAGAGGGGAGGAAGGGGGGAUCACCAGCCCUGCGUACCCCAACAACUACCCCAUGAACAGCCGCUGUGCUUGGCUCCUGGAGGCCCCUGAGGGCCACACCAUCACUUUGACCUUCACCUAUUUCCAAGUGGAGGCUCACAGCCAGUGUUCCUGGGACUCAGUCACCAUCUUCAACGGCGCCUCCUCAGGAUCUCCCAUCAUUGGCCAGUACUGUGGCACCACCUCACCAGGAACCAUCAAAUCUGGGUCCAACAAGAUGGUGGUGGUCUUCCUGGCUGACCACCUGGUUGCCCAUGGAGGGUUCGUCGCUACCUGGUCAUCUGACUCUUCAGGUUGUGGAGGGGUGAUCCAUGCAGACACAGGCGCCAUCAAGUCCCCUAACUACCCUCUAAACUUCCCUGCCAACAUCGAGUGCUCCUGGACGAUUAUUGCCCAUGAGGGAAAUCACCUGGAAAUGAAUUUCAACAGCGACUUCCAGAUUCCAGACAGCAGUGGGCAGUGCCAGAGUAGCUACGUCAAGGUGUGGUCUGGCGCCAGAGAAACCAACGAGGCCCUGCUGGCUAUGGGCUGUGGCUCCACGGCCCCCGCCCCCGUCAUCGCCCCCUUCAACACCAUCACCACCCGCUUCCAGUCCACAGGCUCCCCUGGCAAAGGCUUCCUGGCCUCCUUCAUCACACGUUGUGGCGCCAACUUCACAGCCCCCAGUGGCAAGGUGCUGUCACCCAACUACCCUGCCCAGUACCCCUACAGCUCCAACUGUGACUACCUGAUCGACGCUGGGAACCAAACUGUGAUCCUCCUCACCUUCAAGACCUUCCAGGUUGAAAUGCACAGCACCUGUGCCUACGACGGGGUGAAGGUGUACCAGGGCAGGUCUCCCACGGGCACCCCCCUCGCCAAGGUGUGCGGCCACACCAUCCCAGGCCCCUUCUCCACCUUCGGCCCCAUGCUCGUCAACUUCUACUCCGACUCGGUCAUCAAUGACAACGGCUUCAUGGCCGAGUACAGCGCCAUACCAUGUGGAGGGGUUUUCAACAACACUGCAGGUACCGUCAGCAGCCCAGCUCUGUCUGUUGUGAACUACCACCACAACAUCAACUGUACGUACCACAUCGCUGUCAAAGACAACCGGGUCAUCGAUCUCAAAUUCAACACCUUCCAGAUUGAGGCGUCCUCCAGCUGCCAGUUUGACUACGUGGCGGUGUACGACGGGCCCAACACCCUGGGCCCCCUGGUGGGGAGGUUCUGUGGCAGCCAGCUGCCCCCGGAUCUCCGCUCGUCCACCAAUCAGCUGUUCAUCGUCUUCAGGACCGACAGGUCCGUCCACGGGCUGGGCUGGAGAGCCACCUACAGAGAGACUCUAGGUGAGGCCCAGGGAUGUGGUGGUUACCUCUCCAUGCCCAUGGGAAUGUUUGGCUCUCCAGACAUCAACAUGGACGGUCGCUAUGAACCUCUUCUGGACUGCCUGUGGACCAUCUCCGUGCCUGUCAACAAAGUGGUCAACGUGACCUUCUCUCCCUUCGAGCUGGAGGGCUCCCCCACCACCAACUGUCGAUACGACUCUGUCAGGAUCUAUGAUGGUGAAAACUCCAACUACCCUCUGGUUGGGAAGUUCUGUGGUAACGACGUCCCAGGUCCUUUUGUGUCGGCCGGUAACUUCCUGACCGUGCACUUUGUCUCAGACGGCGUGGUCCAACGCAAGGGUUUCAACGCCACCUACAGGGCACUCGACAGACUGUGCGGAGGCAACCUGAACGCCACGACAACGGCCCAGACCCUGACGUCGCCCCACCACCCCAACGCCUACCCGGACUUCACGUCCUGUCGGUGGGUGCUGGACGCGCCCCCCCAGGAGAGCGUUAAGAUCGUGGUGCAGCAGUUCCACCUGCAGCCCAGCCAGAGCUGCAGCACCAACUACCUGGGGCUGACCGACUUGCCAGUGGGAGACUAUGGGCAGUCGCACAAGUUCUGUGCUGCGGACACCCACAUCCCUGACUUCUACAGCUACGGGAGGACCAUGUUGGUCAACUUCAAGUCCGACGCCUUCAUCGGCGGCAAUGGCAUGAGCCUCACCUAUCAGGUGGCAGGUUGUAGUCGGACCUACGAGCAGGAGUAUGGGUACUUGAAGAGCCCGGGCUGGCCGGAGGUCUACCCACACAACAUGGACUGCACCAUCAUCCUCAAGGCUCCGCAGAACAACUCCAUCUCCUUGUUCUUCAACAGCUUCGACUUGGAGAGGCACAGCACCUGCAACUACGACUAUCUGGAGGUGCGUAACGGCAGCACAGCGGACGCCCCUCUCCUGGGGAAGUUCUGUGGGAGCACGAUCCCCGACCCGGUCUUCCCCCGCACCAACCAGCUGUACCUCCGCUUCAAAAGCGACUUCUCGGGCACCCGCGACGGCUUCGAGGCCACGUGGACCUCCUCGCCUCAAGGUUGUGGAGGCAUGCUGUACGGAGACCAUGGGUCUUUGGCCAGUCCUAACUACCCUGGCACGUAUGCCAACGGGACGCACUGUGAGUGGGGCAUCCAGGCCCCCAGCGGACGCGUGGUAACCGUGACGUUCGCCCAGAUCGCUAUCGAUGACCCGGGAGACUGCCAGAACAACUUCCUGAAGCUCUACGAUGGCCAUGACGCCAGCACUCCUCCUAUUGGUCCAUACUGUGGAGCCGAGACAAACAUUGCUCCUUUCACGGCUUCCUCUCAUCACGUGUACAUCGUGUUCCAGGCCCAGUCUGCAGUCCUGCCCUCAGGGUUCAGACUCACGUGGAGCAGCUAGGAGGAACAGCACACACACAGUUUACACCUUCUAGAAUCGAGUGAAAACUAAACACACAAAGUGCCAUCUUUGCAGACCAAUUACGUGUAUAUACUUGCAAAUGAUCUAAAAUUGUACCUAAGAAUGUAUUUGAAUCAAGUUGAUUUUUUGUAGAUAAUUUUCGAAAGAAUUAUUCUGGGUUUUUCAGUGAGUUUGUGAAGA